AUAAUGAUAAUAAAAUAAAUAUUAAAAUAAUGUAAAAUUAAAAAUCUUCAAUUGUUAUUGUAACACAUUUAUAUUUAUCAUUCAUGAUUAAUAGAUGUUAAUACUCACACAAUGGAAAAUUAACUAUCAGAACAUAAUUUGCUCAAUAUGUCAUGCUAUAAUGAAGACCAACUAAUUCAACAUAAUAAUGCUGACUAUCAAGAUGUUCCAAAAAUUGAUCCUUUUUUAAAAUGUGAUGAAGCGAAUGUUCAAGAAUUAUUACUUGCCCACAAAACACUUAUAGAAAAACAGCGUAUUGAACGAAGAAAUGCACUAUCUGAAGCUAAUUGGGAUGAUAAUCUUAAGCAGGCAGAAGUUACUAAAGUAGCUAAAAACCUCACAAAAAACUUUAGUCAUUCAUUGAAUAAAAAACUUUACUUGUAUCCAGAAGAGUGUUUAUUUUUGUUAGAAAUGAAAUAUUUAUUGUUAAAAUGGAAUGGGAAAAUAUUAUCUAUUCAAAACGCAUACAGUUUGCUGUUGGCAGAAAAUAGUGGUUGCACCUUUGAUCACUUCAGAACAUAUUCUUAUUUAAUGAAAUUGGGUUUUCGAGUUUUUAGGUAUGAUAAGGAACUCCAUUUCAAUAGUUACUGCGAGUAUAAUCCACAAGAUUUGACUAAAUUAAAAGAGCUGCCUUGGAAGAAAAAACGAGGGAAAGAUAUUUUCAAAAACUCUCUUAGUAAAAAAAAUAGUUCAAACAGUCAAUUUUUUCCAAAAUGCAAAACUGGAUGGGUAACUUUAAAUAAGCCCUCAAACGAGUUUUUGCCCAAUACUUUGCAGCCACUUUACGAUACUUAUUUAUUUAAUCUAAGUUUGGAAUCCAAUCAUUCUAGAAUUAUUGAAAUGAUAUGUAAAAAUAAAAAUGAAUCAAUACACACAGUGAACUCAUUAGAUCAUAUUAAAAAUAGUGCAUAUUUUCCUGAAUCAGUAGAACAAAAUGGAUAUUUAAAAUAUGAAGAAAACAAACCUUGCAAUGUAAAAAUAUUUGAAGGUCAUAACACAAUGAAACGUAAAUAUAUAAAUGAUGAAGACAAAACUCAGCAAACAAAACAUAUAAAAAUCCAAAUAAAUAAUUCAAAAUGUAAAAUAAGUAUUGAUGAGUUAUAUUCCUUUAGUAGGAACCAAACAAAAAACAAUCAAACUAAUGCCACUAAUUUAUUACAAGAUGAUUUUGUUAAUAACUGCUUAGAACCACAAAAUAUUCAGGAAAACAAUUUAACAUUUAUAAAUAACGCAAACUCAGACAAAUUAAAUGUAUUGAGUAAUAUUUUAAAUGAAAAUCCCAACAAUGAAUUGAAUUUGCCAGACCAUAUUAACAAGAAAAUCUUUGCUGUAAAACCUAUGAAUUUAGAAAAAAACAUUCCGAGUACAAGUGAUGAAAACUAUUUUCAUUUUGACAUUUAUUACCCAGAAAAUGAUUUUCCAAAAAUAAAUAAACCAAAACCUGAUUUCAGAGUAAUUAUAUUUGGGUAUGAAAAAUCCUUUCCAAAUAUAUUUCUGAUAACUUCUUCAUGUAAAAGCAAUAGUGUACCUACUUUGUGGUCUGUUGUUCAUUCAGACACUGUAUCUUUUUAUAAUGUAAACAAUAUAAUUUUACCAAAGCCAAUUGAUUGGGAAACUCCAAUCAAGAGUCCAAUAUAAAACAAAAUAUAAUUUAACAAGUUUUUACCCGUGUUUGAAGUUUGAACUAUAAAUAAGGACUGAGGCGUUAUUAUUAAGUGUGCUGUUAACAUUUGAAUAAUUGGUUUAUU